GGCACCCAGCUGCAAUGGGAUGGUGGUGCCAGCCCUGCAGAGUUCCCCAGACAUUGCCCUAGGGGCAGAGCUGCUCCAGGAGGGUUAUUGCAGCCAGGAACUGGGCAAAGGUUGGGAAAGUUGGGCGUAGCCUUGUGCUUUCUGCAGCUCUGCUGAGUGCCCCGAGGGAGGUCUAUCUUGGUGGGGCUCCCUUGGAGAAGGACCCCUGGGGGGCUGCUUGCCCCCCUGAGGACCUCUCUCUGAGAUGGGGCUCCCCUGGGGCUGCAGCCACCACAGCUUCACCGGCCAUGCCAGGGGCCUCCUGACUUUCCUCGUCACUCUGCUUCUCCUCCAGCUGGGCUCAGCCCAGCUCAGAGUGGUGGGACCAGGACACUCUGUCACUGCCACUGUGGGGCAGGAUGUCGUGCUGUCCUGCCACUUGUCCCCUCAACGCGAUGCUCGCAGCUUGGAGGUCAGGUGGAUCCGGGACCAAAUCUCUGAGACAGUGCACCACUACCGCAAUGGACAGGACCUGUACGGGGAGCAGAUGGGGGCAUAUGCCGGGAGGACAGAGUUGGUCAGAGAUGGUCUCUCUGCUGGAAGACUGGACUUGCGAAUCACGGGGCUGAGACCCUCUGAUGAUGGCCAGUAUGUCUGCACAGUGGGAGAUGCUGAUGCUUAUGAUGAAGCCAUUGUGGAGCUGGAGGUGUCAGCCACAGGCGCUGACCCCCACCUCUCCCUGGGGGGCUACGAGGCCGGAGGCGUCUGGGUGCUGUGUGGAUCGGCCGGCUGGUACCCGCUGCCACAGCUGCUGUGGAGGGAUGCUCGCGGGCAGCACCUGCCCUCGGUCUCCCAGACACAUUCCCAGGACCAGGAGGGGCUCUUUGAAAUCGAAGGCGCCGUCAUCGUUACCGGGAGCGUGGAGGGGCCCUUGUCAUGCGUGGUCAGGAGCAGCCGCAUCCAGCAGGAGCGGGAAUCAUCCCUGCAAAUCGCAGCUCCCUUCUUCCACAACGCCCAGCCCUGGAAGGUGGCUCUGGCUGUGGUCCUCGUGCUUUUGGCUGUGUCCAUUGGCCUCGGUGUUUAUCUCUUUCGAAAGCAAGCGGCACAGAGCCGAGAGCUGGCCAAAAAGGAUGCAAAGCUGGUGGAACAGGCUGCAGAGAUAGAGGAAAAAGUUGCAAGACUGGAUGAACAAACUGCAGAGCUGGUGAAACAAGCUGCAGAGCUGGCAUGGAGAAGGUGUCUGCUGCUUCAAAAUAGAGUGAAGGUGACCCUGGAUCCGGACACCGCUCAUCCCCAGCUUGUCCUGUCUCAGGACAACUGCAGUGUUAGAUGCGAAAGUGAAUGGCAGCAGGUGCCUGACACACCAGAGAGAUUUGACUACCGGUGCUGCGUGCUGGGCCGUGAGGAGUUCAGAGAGGGGAGGCACUGCUGGUUGGUGGAGGUGGAGGGAGAGCGGCUAAAGAAUUCACGGUGGGCUGUGGGGUUGGCCAGGGCUUCUGUGGAGAGGAAGGGGUAUUUCAAAAGGAGCCCUGAAGGAGGGAUCUGGGCUGUGCAGUGCAAUGAUGGGCACCUCACAUCUCUCACAUCUCCUCGCACCCCCUUAUCCCUGUCCCCUGUCCCCACAAGGAUCUGGGUCUGUCUGGACUGUACCCAGAGGCAAGUGUCUUUUAUCAACGCUGACAAUGGGGUCGAAAUCUUCACUUUCACAGCAGCCUCCAUCAAUGGGGAGAGCAUCCGUCCUUGGUUCUGGCUGGUGCCAGGCAGCGUCCAGCUGUGCCUCAGGGACAGCACUCCCCAGACCCUGUCCCCAGCCCCGGGGGGCUCCUGCCCUUCUCCAGACACUCCUGCAUCACCUCUCCUUUGUCCUGCAGGAGCAGCACAGGAAUGAGGGGCAGUGGGGCCAGGGGCUGCCCUGUGUUCC